AUGAACAAACUCAUGGAAGAAGUGGAUAAACAUCGUCAGAGUCUUGUCUGGCAAAGAGUGUUCCCAAUGGAGAUCAAUGGAAAAAAGCGGAAGAAUGGCUUCCGGGAAUUGUUCUCGGCCAGCACCAAACUUUCAAAACAUGUGCAUCAUGGAGUCUAUCUCGCUGCACUGAUCUACACUGAAGGAAAAGUGUUGGUUACUGUAGACGAUUGUGUUCCAAUAGUUCCAGUUGACGAGAAUGUGACCCAAGUUUCGAAAGAUGAUCAUCAUUGGUUAAUCAAGAUGUCAAUGUGUUGGGACCAAAUCAAUGGUCUUAUGGAUGUCAAUCCAAGCGCCUACUCAAAUAAUGUUUCGUUGAGCUUCCGCAGUAAAUUGAUCAAUGCCGCAUUUUCAAUGCAAGAAGCUUUGGGUAUCCGCAAUAUCGGACAUAUUCACUACAUGCCAUUGAUCUAUGACAACUGCUUCUUCCUGCUCACCGUUCGAUUCAUUGAGCCGACUGUCACUUUUCAGACAAUCACUCUCCGCUGGAUGCCAUUCAACAAGCUUCUUCGCAAGAAAAUGCCAACUCCAGCUGUGGACAACAUGACAAAACAACUGCUUAACAUUCUCAAUUUUUACGAAGCUAGUCAGAUACAAUUGCAACGCGGAUUGUAUGUGGGAUAUCUGAAGCUUCAUUCCUCUCUGAACUCAAUUCGGGUUGUUGUACCGGAUGUGCUGCCAUCGAUGCUUCCAUUCACUCGAGUCAGAGACAAUCCACAUCUCACCAGAGAGGAGUGGGAAUGGAUCAAAUCAAUCGAUUUGAACGAGACCUUCUAUGCUACAAAAGCUCAGGAGCGCAUUCAUUCUGACAUUGCUCAUGCGAUCCAUCGCCUGUUGAAUGAAUUGGAUAUCGAUCCAGAUUUGGUUCCAGGGACCAGACUCUAUCAUGCAGAAAUUGUUCAACCAGAUGACAAUACAACCGUUCUUCUGAUUCUCCCCCGAGCCGAUGAUGUCUGCUCUGCUCCAACAGGAUCCACCAAAACUACAGAAUAUAUUGAAUCUAAGAGACAAUGCAACAGUGUACCUAUGCCAGUGUUUGAUAUGAUUCACUUCCUCACCUACCAAACCAAUUUCCUCACUUCCUAUUGCAAAUUGAGCAUUUUCCUGGAACAUUUUAUGAUGAUCUCACAGUUCGAGCAACGGAAAUGUUUGCUUGAAAAUGAUAGCAAAGUUUACAAAAAUCAAACUGAAAUUCUCACGGAGUUUCAGAAACGCCUUGAAGAAAUCUGGCAGAAUGCUCGUUGGAUCAGUCGAGUCGCUUCAGAAGCUCGCGACAAGCAUGUCAAGGUCUCUAAAAAUGCGAUUCCGCUUACACGCUUCAUGACUGCACUCCCACGGAAUCCAGAAGAAGUUAGAAAGGAGGAGAACGAACGAGAGAGUUUUAAAAGGGUUCAACAGCGAAGAAGAAUGAGAUUGGAGCUUCUUGGCAAUCGGUUAGCAUCUAGAGAUGAAUCAGAUACAGAUGAGGAGUACGAGUUUGUGAUGAGCAAUGAUCCCAACCCACGAACCAAUGGUUUCCUGAAGUCAGAGCAGCCAAGAUCGGUUCUCAACUCCCCACAACAAAGUUAUCGGGAUAUUGAUAGUGUGUAUCGUCGCCGAAGGAAAGUGUCAACCGAUUUGGCUCUCGCUCUCAGCAACACGAGUCUCAAUAAUUUGGGUGUAGUAGAAGAAAAGAAUCUGACCCCUGAUAGACCGCAAAUCAAGGAAGACAAAAUAAUCCUGGAGACUAUAAAUGUCAUGGUCGGAUUCAAUUGUCAGGUGGCGAAGGGGACAAAAAUAGCACUUUCAGUUGCACAGAGCACGGAAGCUGGAGAGGUUGUUAAUUUUGUGAUCGAGCAAAUUGCAAAAUCAGCAGCAGGAAAUGACCAAGAAAUCACACUGGCGGAUAGUAAUGAACUAUGUCUGGUAGCAGCGAUAGGUCAACGUGAACGUCGUCUAAAAAAUGAGACAGUUAUCCAAAGAUUAGACAGGACAUGGCUCAAAGGUAACUUUUUGAUCAGGAAGAAAGACGGAUUCAUGAAUGGCGAAGAUAUUGCAAACGAAUCAUUGGUCUAA